AUGGCACUAUCAGCUGUUAGUACACCAGUGUCGACUCUCAUUUAUGGUGAUAUUAUUGGCGCCUUGUCUAACUACUACCUCGGAAAGUAUGCCUCGUAUGAAACUUUUAUCCAACACUGCUUGAAAUUAUGUGGAAUAUUAAUGGGUGUGGGUUUGGGGAAGAUGGUGUUUGUUUGGCUAGGAAUGUCCUUGUGGUUGAAGUUUGGAGAAGUACAACAGCUGCGUGCAAGGUCGGCCACUUAUGAAAACUUGUUGAAACAGGAUGCAAAAUGGUACGAUCAAAAUUCUAAUAUAAUGGGUGAGUUAACUCAAGUCAAUAGAUGCAUUGAAGAACUUCGUUCAGGAAAUGCUGAAAUUAUGGCUGAAACAGUACAGACAGUUGCUUUGAUUAUAGGUUUGAUCAUCAUGUCGUUUUAUCAAUCCUGGGCUAUCACAUUGAUAAUUAUGGCCUCGGCUCCCGUCAUGGCGGUUUGUGCUUGGUAUUUCGGGAGUGUAACUUAUCGUGCACAGGAACAUGAGAAUGAUUACAGCUCAAAUGCGAGUAAGAUAAUGGACUGGUGUCUCACCUCACCGUUGACUGUUCGUGUCUUUAAUGGGAAGUACGUUGAAAUGGUAAAGUUUAACGGGUUUACCACUGCUUCAGCAAAAGCGUACUACAGGGCUGCCAAUGCAAUUGCAGCAAAUUCAGGAACAUUAAAGUUCCUCACAUUGAUGAUGUUUGUGCAAGGGUUUUGGUUUGGUAAUUAUUUACUCAUGCGAGGAGAUAUCACUGUUGAUCAAUUGUUCACCUGUUUUAGCUCGUGUUUGAUGUUGGGACAGUCUAUUUCCAAAAUCAGCCAGUUGAUGGCAAUCAUCAAUACCGCGCAUGCUGCUGCUAGUAGGAUUGCAUCCUAUUUGCUGACAUUAAGUGGAAACGACGUGGAAUAUAAAACAAGCAGAUUCCCGUUAGCAUGCAGUGGAGAAAUCAUGUUCGAAAAUGUAUGUUUCAGCUACCCUGCAAGAGAAGAAUUGGUUUUGAAAAACGUCUCGUUUACGAUUGAAACGGGAAAGAUGAAUUUUCUUGUUGGCCAAUCUGGUGCUGGAAAAUCAACAAUACCUCUUCUUUUGAUGAGAUUGUAUAACAGGAAUAGUGGAAUCAUCAAAAUUGACGGUGUCGGCAUUGACUUGCUUGAUUCGAGUUGGAUUUCACAAAAUCUUGUCCUACUUCAGCAAACUCCCGUCAUAUUCAACGGGACAGUACGAGAAAAUAUUGCCCUUUCGGUGAUUGAUGACUAUUACUCUAUUGAAAAAGUUCCAACUAGUUUGAUUGACGAAGCAGCAAGAUUUGCAUUGUUGGAUUUGGAUUUGGAUUUGGACACAAAAAUUACCCCCUUGUCAUUAUCUGGAGGUCAGCAGCAGAGAUUGGCGAUAGCAAGAGCAAAGUUGAAGAAUCCUUCAGUAUUGAUUCUUGACGAAGCGUUUAGCGCAUUAGAUUAUCGAACAAAGGAAACUUUGUUAGCCAGAGUGAGAAGUUGGAGAAAAGACAGAACUACAAUCUCGAUAACGCACGAUUACAGUCAUAUCGAAGUAAAUGAUAAUGUCAUAAUGAUGGAACAUGGGAUGGUUGUCAGGCAAGCUGAUUUUCGAGGCUUUACUGAGUUCCAAAGGAAAGAAAAUGCUACUUUUUCAAAGAGCGAAACAGAAAAGCAUGACUACACCAUUGCGGAAACCACCACCGUGGAGCUGGACAAUGAUGACAAGCCGCAGAAUAAAGAGUCUCUCAUGGGCACUUUUGCAAUCUUAAAGUAUUGCAGCAAUACAAUUGAUGCCAAAAUCGUCAUCAUCAUUGGUAUACUAAUUUCCGUUUUGGAAGGUGGAGCUUCGCCGGUAUUUUCAUAUUGUUUUGCAAAGUUACUCUCUACCUCCGUUGAAGCUUCCAUUGGUGGAAACGUCACCAAACAAGUAAUUAAGUGGUCGUGCGUUUCGAUUGGUGUUGCAUCAUUCAUUGGAAUUGCCGCGUAUGGUGCAAAGUUUUUGUUAUCUUAUGCCAGUGAACGAUGGAUUGUGAUGUUGAGGAAACUAGCUUUUGAAAAGUUGAAUGGACAGGAUUUGUCUUUUUUCAAGGAAAUGAAGACAGCUGAAGUGACGACCUUGUUGAUGAAUGAUACACGUGACUUACGGAACUUGGUGAGUACAUUCUUGUCUGCUAUUGUAAAUUUAGUUGCCAUGGUACUUGUUGGUAUUAUUUGGUCGAUUAUAGCUGGUUGGAAGUUGGCCCUUGUUGGGCUUUCAUUUGUCCCGUUGAUAUUAGUUAUCACAGCAGCGUAUGGAAUCAUUUUGCAGUCUGCAGAAAACAGAUACAAGUCAAGUGUAGUGAUUCUCGAAACACAUGUUCAUCAAACGGUUAGCUCCAUCAAAACAAUCAAAUUAUUUGCCAUGAAUCGAUACUUUGCCGACAAAUUUAGUCAAAAUUUGAACGUGGUCAACAAAGACGGUAAUUUCAGAGCGAUCCAAACUGGUAUAGGGUAUGCAUUGAAUGAUUUGAUUUCUGCAGUGGCAACUGGUGUAAUACUAUACUAUGGAAUGCAGUUGACCGGUCAGUUUGAAUAUACCCACGGACAGUUCCUACAAGUGGUUACAUUACUCACAUUUACAUUGGCUAAUGCAGCAAGUUUGAUACAUUCUUUACCCGAGGUGACAAGGGGUCAACGUGCGGGUACAUAUAUUGUCAAGUUGCUAGAGCUGACACCAUUUUCCAAAAUCGAGAAUGAUGGCGAUGAAAUUCCGAGGACUGAUAACGAAGUAAUCAGUCUCCACAACACCAGCUUCAAGUAUCACGACAAGUACGUUCUACGCAACGUUUCAUUCAAGAUAUUCAAACACCAAUUGGUUGGUUUAGUGGGGCAAUCGGGUUCAGGCAAAUCAACAAUCUCUUCACUUUUGCUACGUCUUGUUGACUCAAACUCGGACUCAAUCAGCAUUUACAAGCAGGACAUAUCAAUCGUAAAUAUCGAUUGGUUGAGAGAAACUGUUAGCAUUGUGCCCCAACUCCCCAAAUUCUUUGAAGGAUCGAUAUUGGAAAACCUCACCUAUGGAAUCAGUCCAACACGACAAGUCAAUACUGAAGAAUUGAAGCAGUGCCUUCGACUAUGUGGAAUGCAUGAUUUUGUCAUGUCUUUGCUGGAAGGAUUAAACACUAGGGUAGGUGAGGGUAACAACACUUUGUUAUCAGGCGGCCAAUUGCAGCGAUUGUCAAUCGUUCGAGCAUUGAUUAGACGACCAAAGGUGUUGAUUUUUGACGAAUGCACAUCAAAUCUAGAUCCAGCUAACGCUAAAUUGAUUAUGGAUCUAAUAAUGAGUUUGAAGCACAAGUACACCAUACUUUGUAUUACCCACGAUCAAAACAUGAUGAAUAUGGUUGAUAAGCUAUACACAUUGGAAAAUGGAACACUAGUAUAA